AUGACUCAGAAGGGUGGGGGUGGGAGCAGCCAUGGGUAUAAGGAAAAACCAGGACACCAUUCUCAUCCUCACCCUGACAAUAUGCAGCUUCCGAGAGGACUCCUGAUGGUCAUGGUUUUGAACCUGGUGCUGGCUACAGCCCAGGGCCUGAGGUGCCACCGGUGCAAAGGCUUUGGAGGAUGUUCCCAUGUGUUCAACUGUCCAAGAGGCUCCAGCCGCUGCAUCACCAUUGCCACACGGGCCCCUAUCAGCUUUAAGGACCUGCCUCUGGUCACCAAGAUGUGCUACAGGGGCUGCCCUGAUGUCUCCAGCUUGGGCUUGGGUCCCCACGUGUCUCUCGCCUGCUGCCAGUUCAGUCUCUGCAACCAUGACUGAGCACCUCUCCACAGCCAGCCAGCGUGACAGCACCUCUUCUCCAGCCAGACCUCACCCUGAAGCCCUGUACAGCCAGACUGGCUCGCUUCACUCCAAACCCUGUCUUCCUUAAGAUGUCCUGCAUGAAGUCUUGCCCAAACCCACCUCAGUGCAAGCUGAAAGCCCUCCCUGUGUGAUACUUCCCCACUCCUGACAAUCCCCCCAAUAAAAUUUAACCAAAUCA